GCUUCGUUCAAAGCUUCGGGGCAACCUCGGAGGCUGCGCAGCUCCGGGCCUGGGCGGCGUUGCCCUGGAAACCGGUGCCCUGCUCUGUGCAGGACAUGGGCGUGGCUUACCGGGGCACAUGCAGCCUCGACUCGGACCAGGAGAGAUACGAGGAGACGGGUUCCAAACAGCAACGCCUCGCAUGGAUUUCCGAGCUUGCGAUAUUCCAAACCCUCUUCUCACCUUUCGGUAGAGUUGUGAAUCGCGAGACUACUGAUAGCCGGAACCCUAUGUUGCGGUUUCGUGGAGACACAGAAUGA